AUGAAUCUCUUAAGUUGGAACUGCCGUGGGCUUGGAAACCCAUUGGCAAUUCAGUUUCUAAUGGGCUUGGUCUAUCAAAGACGGCCCAAUGUUAUUUUUCUUUGUGAAACUAAGGCUGAUGCAAGGCGUUUGGAGCAAGUGAGGGUUAAAUUAAGGUUUGACAAUUGUUUCGUAGUAGAUGCUGAUGAAGGACGUGGGGGCCUGGCCCUUUUGUGGAACUCGGGUAUUGAUGUCGAAGUUCGGGGAUACUCUAAUCAUUACAUCGACUCGAUAGUUACGGGCAAGGAGGGGUUUACACGAUGGAGACUCACGGGAUACUAUGGAAAUCCGGAAUGGAGUCGCCGAAGGGAGUCGUGGAAUCUCCUCAGGUAUUUAUCUUCGAUCAAUAAUCUCCCGUGGGCUCUCUUUGGGGAUUUCAAUGACAUAAUUGGGGAUUGGGAGAAGGAAGGUAGGGUUCCUCAUCCAAGAUGGCUUCUAAGGGGUUUUGGGGAGGCAGUGAACGAAAGUGGUUUAUUCGACUUUGGUUUUGGGGGAUGUCAAUUUACUUGGGAGAGGGGAAGGGGGACGGACAGAUGGGUGAGGGAAAAGCUCGACCGUGUCUUGGUUUCUGAUGGGUGGCGAGAUAUGUUCCUACGAGUGAGUGCCAGGUCUCUGGACGGAAGUACGAGUGACCAUUUACCGAUAUUCUUAACGGUAGAUGUUGGAAAUCAGUUUUCUUAUACAAGAAAGCCUAGGUACGAAAACUGUUGGGAAAGGAAUCCUGAUUGUAGCGGGGUAGUAGAGAGGGAGUGGCUACGCUCUCAAGGGCUGCCUAUGGGGGAGAGAUUGAGGGAGUGCAGCAGAGAAGUGUGGAAUUGGGGAAAGAAACAGAAAGCCGGGGAGAGGGAGGCCAUUCGGUAUUGUCAAGGGGAAAUGGGGAGGUUGAGGGAUAGGCGUGAUGAAGCGAGCGUGAGAAAAUUUGGGGAAUGUCAAAAACGCUAUUUUGAUAUUCUUCGGGAUCAGAGUGAUAGUCUGCAACAGAGGGCGAAAGAGCUUUGGCGGAAUAGAAUUCGAGGGCUUCGAAACGAGGCAGGGGUGUUUUUCGACGAACCACACAAAAUGGGGGGGAUCAUGGUGAAUUACUUCUCGAAUCUGUUUACAUCUGCCCAAGGGGAUAUGGGACCGGUUCUAACUUGCUUGACUAGGCGGUUUGAUGACAAUCAGAAUGACAUGCUUUUAAGAACUGUUACUGCGGAGGAAGUGAAGGGUGCCCUCUUUGCAAUGCAUCCAGGCCCUGAUGGUCUCUCCUCGGGUUUCUUCCAGACUCACUGGUCUACCAUCGGCCCUGAGGUAGUUUCUUUGUGCCAUCUUUUUAUGAUCACGGGUUCGCUGCCUGAUUAUAUAAAUGAUACUCACAUUGUUCUAAUUCUUAAAUGCAAAUCCCCUGAUCAAAUGUCUGAUUUUCGCCCUAUUGCCUUGUGUAACGUUGUGUAUAGAAUCCUUGCCAAAGUUCUGGCCACUAGGCUGCGAGGUUCUUCUGAAAAUGGGCUUUCGGGAUUUGAUAAGGGAGUGUGUGACUACAGUGCGUUAUUCUAUUCUGGUGGAGGGAAAGGAGUGGGGGCCUGUGACACCGGGGAGGGGUUUGAGGCAGGGGGACCCGUUAUCACCGUACCUUUUCAUUUUGGUAGCGGAAUGUUUGAGUGCCAUGUUGAGAGCUCGGGAGGAGGAGGGGAUGUUGCAUGGGCUGAGGGUAGCAAGGGGUUUGAGGCGGAGGUCCUUCAUGAUGUUUUAACUGAUUAUGGAAGGGCAAGUGGACAGGAGGUAAAUGUGGGGAAGACAUCGAUUGUCUUUGGCCGAAAUGUACACCAGGAGGAUAAGGAGGCUGUUUGCGAGUCCUUGGGGAUUCGGGAACAGCUAGGGCAUGGGAAAUACCUGGGCUUGCCGGGUUAUGUAGGAAGGAAGAAGAGGGAAAUUCUGGGGUUUGUGCGAGAGAGAUUGAGGGCGCGGGGGCUGAGUGAAGAAAUAGAAAGGAUUAUGAACUCCUUUUGGUGGGGGUGCGAGAGGAGGAAACGAGGGGGAAUAAGGUGGAGCCAAUGGAAAGAUUUGUGUGUGCCAAAACAGUUUGGGGGAAUGGGGUUUCGUAGAGUACGAGAGAUGAAUCUUGCAAUGCUAGAUAAGCAGGGAUGGAAUUUUCUAAAUAAACCUGAGGCUUUGGUGACAAAAAUCUUUAAGGCAAGAUACUUUCCAAAUUGUUCUUUUUUGGAGGGUGAUCCAUGGCUACCAAGUGAUACAAAACCUUAUGUUGAAUCCUUGCCUAUCGAGUAUUUAGGGAACCCUACGGUGAACUCGCUAAUAUGUGUAAAUUCUAGGGAGUGGGAUCGGGAAGUGUUAGAUGAUAUUUUUUGUGAGCGGGAUGUGAACCUUAUUCAAAGUAUUCCUCUUGCAAAUGAGUGGGCUUGCGAUUCACUUUACUGGCAGGGAGAGCAAAAUGGGGUUUACUCGGUCCGUAGUGCUUAUAGGAUUGCGGUGGGGAACAUGGGGGAAGGAGAGGGGGUGAUUUGGAAGGGGCUUUGGAGGUUGAAGAUCCCACCAAAAGUAAAAUGUUUCUUUUGGAACCUGUGUACUAUGUGUCUCCCGACUAAAGAUGCCUUAGUGAUCAAACGAGUUCAGUGUGAUCCCAUUUGUGUGAUGUGUGGAAGGGCUAAUGAGAGCAGUAUUCAUUUAUUUGCAAACUGUGAUUUUGCUCAUGCUUGUUGGAAUCAUUUAAAUGCUGAAUGGAUAAUGUGUUAUGCUGAUUCUGUUGCUAUUUGGAUUGAAGAAAUGUGGACUGUUUUACCGGUUAAAAUGCUUGAGCAGGUUGUUAUGGUGACUUGGGCAAUAUGGGAAGCGCGUAAUGCGUUGGUUUGGCAACAGAAAAAUUCUAAUUCAAGGGCAAUUGUGCAGGCCGCUCUGAUUUAUGCUAGGAACUGGAAGGAAGCAAGGGAGAAGGACGAUUUGAUAAUGAGAAGAUCUUUGCAGGGGUCUCCGGGGGAGCUUCCUAGGUGGGUACCACAUGAAGGGGUGCGGGUGAAUAUUGAUGUGGCUAUGGACAUGAACAAUUGUCGAAUGGGUUUUGGUUGGAGUGCUCAGGAUGGGGAAGGGAGGCUGCUGGGAGUAGUAAUGUUUGUCCAGAAGGGGCUGUUUUUGGUUAAAGAAGCUGAAGCAAUGGGAGCACGGGAGGCUUUAAGUUGGAUUAAAGAAAUGGGGUGGAAUAGAGUUAUUCUGGAGACGGAUUCCCAAGUGGUGACGAAUGCUGUUUCGGGGGAUGUGAAUUUAUCACCGUUUGGUUCCAUCAUGUAG